AUGUCCGACUAUCCCCAAGAUAUGCCGGCGAACUUCGCAAAUGGCCGCCGCGGCUGGACCUCCGCGGAUCCAGUCUACAUGCCCCCAGAACCCGUCUACAAAUUCUCCGACUCCGCCCUCCAGGUCGGCCACUUCAAAGAAGAUCUUCCCGAUGAAAUCUCAUCCGCCAACCGCAAGAAAAACGCCAAAGCCUACCUCAUGGCCGUGGACAAGUACAUCCAGAUGACUGAGGGUAUUGUCAUCAAAAACCUCAAGGAUGAUCUUGUGGAGAUGUACAACUUUCAGGAGAAGAAGCUUGUGGAGAGAUACAAUUAUGGAAUCAUUAUUACGAUGAGUCGACGUGCUAUUGUCAAGUUUGUGGCGCGGGGAACGGCUGAGCCGCCUGUUAUUGAUGAUGAGGACCAGCCUGAGCAGUACUUCAAGCAGCGUGUGUUUUGCAGCGAGACUGAUCCUGAGCUGAACUGA